CUCUGGAUAGCCUACAGGACAAGUGGGGGGAACGGGGCGGCCGCCAUGGACUUCGCCCUGAAGCUGGAGAAAACCAUCAACAAGGCGCUGUUGGACCUGCGCAAUGUGCCCAUGAGCCACGCAGACCCACACAUGUGCGAUUUCCUGGAGACCCACUACCUGGACGAGAAGGUGAAGUUCCUCAAGAAGCUGGGCAACCAUGUGACCAACUUGCGGUGCACCGGGGCAGCCAAGGGGGGUCUGGGCGAGUAUUUCUUCGACCAGCUCACCCUGCACGACAGUAGCUGAGCCUCGAGCUGCCCACGGCACCAGCCCUUUAGAUCCUGCUGCCCAGCUGGGCCAGAGCCCUGUGCCUGCCGAACAUGGGAUACGCACCCCUCCGCCCCGCCUGCCGAUCCUGGGGUGACCCAGCCCCUCCAAAGUCUGUAACCAGCAUUGAAUAAAAGCUUGGCAUU